UGGCGGCGGCGGCGGCGGCGGCGGCUCCAAGAUGGCGCAGGCGAUCUUCGAGGCCCUGGAGGGGAUGGACAAUCAGACUGUUCUGGCCGUCCAGUCGCUGUUGGAUGGCCAAGGAGCGGCCCCUGAUCCCACAGGCCAGAGCGUGAGCACACCUGCUGCUAUCCAGCCGCUGGAUGACGAGGAUGUCUUCCUGUGCGGGAAGUGUAAGAAGCAGUUCAAUGCGCUGCCGGCAUUUAUGACCCACAAGCGGGAACAGUGCCCGGGGAAUGCCCCGGCCCUGGCCACAGUCUCUCUGGCCACCAACAGCAUCUACACGCCGCCCUCGGCAGCGCCCGCAGCGGUCCAGCAGGCCCCGCCUCCUGCCAAUCGUCAGAUCUCCACGUACAUCACGGUGCCCCCGUCCCCGCUGAUCCAGACCCUGGUGCAGGGGAACAUCCUGGUGAGCGACGACGUGCUCAUGUCCGCCAUGUCGGCCUUCACGUCCCUGGACCAGCCCAUGCCGCAGGGCUCCCCGCCUGUGCAGAGCAGCCUGAACAUGCAUUCCGUGCCCAGCUACCUCACCCAGCCACCCCCGCCGCCUCCGCCCCCGCCGCCUCUGCCGCCGCCCCCACCCCCACAGCCCCCGCCCCCCCCACCCCAGAGCCUGGGCCCUCCCGGGCGGCCCAACCCUGGUGGGAACAGCGUGGUGGAGGUCUACAGUGCUGCAGCACCCCUGGCCGGGGCUGGGACUGUGGAGAUCCAGGCUCUGGGGAUGCAGCCCUACCCACCCCUGGAGGUGCCAAGCCAGUGCGUGGAGGCUCCAGUGUACCCAGCACCCCCAGUGUAUAGCCCCGGCAAGCAGGGGUUCAAGCCAAAAGGACCAAACCCUGCUGCCCCCAUGACCAGUGCCACGGGGGGUGCGGUGGCCUCCUUCGAGGCCCCACCAGCGCUGAAGAGCCGACGGGCUAAAGGUGCCGGCGGAGCCACGGAAGCUGCAGGAAAGCCAAAGGCUCAGAAGCUCAAGUGCUCGUAUUGUGACAAGUCGUUCACCAAAAACUUCGACCUGCAGCAGCAUAUCCGCAGCCACACGGGGGAGAAGCCCUUCCAGUGCAUCGCGUGCGGCCGUGCCUUCGCCCAGAAGUCCAACGUCAAGAAGCACAUGCAGACCCACAAGGUGUGGCCUCCAGGGCGCAGCGGCGGCACCGUUUCUCGAAACUCAGUGACUGUUCAGGUCAUGGCCUUGAACCCCAAUCAGAAGGAGGAUGAGGAAAACACAGGCUUGGGCCAGUCCCUGUCCAGUGCACCACAGCCACAGGCCUUGCCCGCGGCAGCCGAAGAUGAGGGGGACAAGCUGGAGACCAAGCAGGUGGUCCUCAUCGACAGCUCCUACCUGUGCCAGUUUUGUCCCAACAAGUUCAGCACCUACUUCCAGCUCAAGUCCCACAUGACCCAGCAUAAGAACGAGCAGGUGUACAAGUGCGUGGUCGCCAGCUGCGCGCAGACCUUCCCGAAGCUCGACACGUUUCUGGAGCACAUCAAGAGCCACCAGGAGGAGCUGAGCUACCGCUGCCACCUCUGUGGCAAGGACUUCCCCUCGCUGUACGACCUGGGCGUGCACCAGUACUCCCACAGCCUCCUGCCGCAGCACAGCCCCCGCAAGGACAGCACUGUCUACAAGUGUGUCAAGUGCGUCAACAGGUACUCCACCCCCGGGGCCCUGGAGCACCACCUGCAGACGGCCACUCACAACUUCCCCUGCCCGCACUGCCAGAAGGUGUUUCCCUGUGAACGGUACCUGCGGCGCCACCUGCCCACCCAUGGCAGUGGGGGCAGGUUCAAGUGCCAGGUGUGCAAGAAAUUCUUCCGGCGGGAGCACUACCUCAAACUGCACGCUCACAUCCACUCAGGAGAGAAGCCCUACAAGUGCUCGGUGUGUGAGUCCGCGUUCAACCGCAAGGACAAACUGAAGAGGCACAUGUUGAUCCAUGAGCCCUUCAAGAAAUACAAGUGUCCGUUCUCGACGCACACCGGCUGCAGUAAGGAAUUCAACCGGCCUGACAAGCUGAAGGCUCACAUCCUGUCCCACUCUGGCAUGAAGCUCCACAAAUGCGCCCUGUGCAGCAAGUCCUUCAGCCGCCGCGCCCACCUUGCCGAGCACCAGCGCGCCCACACUGGCAACUACAAGUUCCGCUGUGCCAGCUGCGCUAAGGGCUUUUCCCGGCACAAAUACCUCAAGGACCAUCGUUGCCGCCUGGGCCCCCCAAAGGACAAGGACUUGCAAGCCCGGCGGCCCCCCCGGAGGAGGGCAGCACCCCGCAGCAGCAGCAGCGGCAGCGGUGGCGGCGGCAGCGCCAGUGGACACAAAGUGGGGACCUCGUUGCCCGACACGCUGGGGCUGGAGGAGCUGAAGGAUGCCGGGACUGGGCCGGUGGCCGAGGCUGCCCCAGGGAAGACGCCCUUUGCGGAGCCAGACGCGGUGCUGUCCAUCGUGGUGGGUGGCACGGUAGGCGGGGACCCUGAGCUGGUGGUGCCUGGGCACCCCGAGGGCCUGGGCUCGAACCUGGCACUGGCCGAACUGCAGGCCGGGGCCGAGGGCUCUUGUGCCAUGCUCGCUGUGCCUGUCUAUAUCCAGGCCUCCGAGUGACUGAGGGACCCAUGGUGUUCGCACCCGUGGGUCGGCCUCAAGCCAGCGUCUGGAGCCUUGCGGGCAGAAAUCCACUUGGAGUGUCUGGCCUGGCCUGGCCUGCCCUCCACUGCCCCUCUGCUGCCACGGUGCCCUGUGCGGAGUGUGGCGAAUGAGAAGGCCAUGCUUGCAUGCCCAGGGUCUGGCUGGUCUAGUCCAGGGGUCAGCCCACCCUCCUCCAGGCCGCCCUCCAUGGUGGGGCGUGGUCCGGAGUCCUCUGUUGGACCUUUUCCCCACGGCUCCUCACAGAUUCCCAGACAGCACUGCGAUGGAGGUGUUUGGGAGGCACUCAGGUGUCACGGUUGGAGUGCAGCCGUGCGUCAGAGCUGCUUCCAAUCCCAGGAGUUGCUCUGUGAACUCGGACAAGUCACCUCCCCUCCCUGAGCCGGCUCCGCAUGUGUACGGUGGGGCUUGUAUAGUGCUGCUUCCUAGGAUUGUCAUGGGGAUCCGGUGUGGAGAGCCGUGCAAAGGGCUUAGCGUGGUGCCCGGGCUCAGAACGUGCUCAAUAAAUGUUUGAU